UCAAGUAGAGACGAUCCCAGUCAUUAUUAUAUACUCAACGUUAUAAAUUCGAAAUCUCUGGAAAAAAAUGGCUCUGGGCAGCGAGAAUCAGUCUUUGUUCUACGACGAUGAGGAGGUGGCAACUUCUCCGGUCAACGGGCCCUCCGUCAUCCGACGCAAUGCCCGGGAACGCAAUCGCGUCAAGCAGGUCAACAAUGGCUUCAGUCAACUCCGGCAGCAUAUUCCCGUGGCCGUAAUUGCCGAUUUGAGCAAUGGUCGUCGGGGAAUUGGACCGGGUGCCAAUAAAAAACUGAGCAAAGUCAGUACCCUCAAAAUGGCCGUAGAGUACAUACGCCGUUUGCAGAAAGUCAUUGAUGAAAACGACAAGCAACAGCAUCAGCAGCAGACGCAGCAACAGUUGCAGCAGCAACAUCUGCAUUUCCAGCAGCAACAGCAGCAGCAGCAACAUCAGCAGCUGCAGCAGCAGCAACACUUCUACGCCUGGCAGCAGCAAUUGCAAUUGCAGUCGCCCACUGGUAGUGUGAGUUCCUGCAACAGCAACAGCAGCAACAGUUCCUAUUACACACCAGCAACAUCGGCGAUCGCAGCAGCAACACCGUCCUCCAAUAUUGUCACCAAAUUGGAAAACAGCUACGAAGACUACCGCAACAAUUCCUGCAGCUCUGGUGCCGAAGAUGAGGACAUCCUCGACUACAUAUCCCUCUGGCAGGACGAUCUGUAGGGAUCUCGAUUUCGACAUCCUUCCCUGCAAUUGCUAGUCGCACUCAACCAUCAAAAAAACACAACGAACCAUUGAUUGGCCAACAAGUAUUACCUCAGCCACAAAGUAUUUAUAUUCCCCAAAACCAACUUUUUUUUGCCUGUACAAAUUAGUGUUUAAGUUUUUAUAUAGUUUAUAAGACUAGGUUGUAAAUGGAAGACAAUGUACACUUAAGAAUCUCUUUUUUUUAA